AUGCAUGUCUACAUUUUGAAAACCCUUCUCGCACCCACCUUCUUCUACUCUCACUCUACUGUGCAUCCAAUUGCAAAACGAUUUCUGCGAGUGUCGAAGAUGGCGAUUUGUAGAUGUGGAAUGGAAACAACAAAGUUGACCUCAUGGACGGAUCGUAACCCAGGAAGGCAAUUUUUGAAUUGUUCAAUAUGUGGGUUCGUAAGGUGGGUUGACCCUCCGAUGUGUGCAAGGGCAUUGGUGGUGAAUCCAGGUUUGAUAAGAUCAAUGAAUCGAUUGGAAGAAAGGGUUGCGAUUGCAAGUGCAGAACUGUGGAACUAUCGGCUGAUCUUGUUCUAUUCAUGGAUGUGUUUUUUGUUUUUUUUAACAAGUAAGGAUUUGGAUGGGAAUAGGAUUGGGGGGGGGGGGGUUCUUUUGUACGCAUCUAACUAG